GACCGGGAGGGGGGCGGCGGCAGCGACAGCGGCAGCGGCCGCGGCGCGGCGGGAGCGGGGGCGCCGCCGCCGCCGGUCGGGUCAUGCCCGUGCGCCCGGGGCGGCGGGGCUGCGGGCUGCGGCGGGAUGGGCGCGCUCCGGGCCGGCGCCCUCGCCUUCCUCAUCCUCCUCCUCCUCGGCUGCCUCUUGCCCCGGCGCGGCCCGCUCAGGCUGGUCUCAGGGCGGGAGGAGAUUAAAGCUGCUUCCCGAAGCUCGUCCCAGCCCAUGUCACCCUCUGAUUUCCUGGACAAGCUUAUGGGACGAACAUCAGGGUAUGACGCCCGGAUUCGACCCAACUUCAAAGGUCCGCCCGUCAAUGUGACAUGCAACAUCUUCAUCAAUAGCUUCGGCUCUGUCACCGAGACCACCAUGGACUACCGGGUGAAUGUCUUCCUGCGUCAGCAGUGGAACGACCCCCGCCUGGCUUACCACGAGUACCCUGACGACUCCCUUGACCUUGACCCCUCCAUGCUCGACUCCAUCUGGAAGCCAGACUUGUUCUUUGCCAACGAGAAAGGGGCCAAUUUCCAUGAGGUCACGACUGACAACAAGCUGCUGCGCAUCUUCAAGAAUGGCAAUGUGCUCUACAGCAUUAGGCUAACACUGAUCCUGUCCUGCCCCAUGGACCUCAAGAACUUCCCCAUGGACAUCCAAACGUGCACCAUGCAGCUGGAGAGCUUUGGCUACACUAUGAACGACCUCAUCUUUGAGUGGUUGGAGGAGCAAGAGGCCGUGCAGGUGGCAGAGGGCUUGACACUCCCACAGUUCAUCCUCAGGGAUGAGAAGGACCUGGGCUAUUGCACCAAGUACUACAACACAGGCAAGUUCACCUGCAUUGAGGUGAAGUUCCACCUGGAGAGGCAGAUGGGUUACUACCUGAUCCAGAUGUACAUCCCCAGCCUGCUCAUCGUCAUCCUCUCCUGGGUCUCCUUCUGGAUCAACAUGGACGCGGCACCAGCCCGGGUGGGCUUGGGCAUCACCACCGUGCUCACCAUGACCACCCAGAGCGCCGGCUCCCGUGCCUCCCUGCCCAAGGUCUCCUACGUGAAGGCCAUCGACAUCUGGAUGGCCGUGUGCCUGCUCUUUGUCUUUGCCGCCUUGUUGGAGUAUGCAGCCGUGAACUUCGUCUCCCGUCAGCACAAGGAGUUCAUGCGCCUGCACCGGCGCCAGCGGCGGCAGAGGAUGGAGGAAGAGCUUGCCCGUGAGAACCGCUUCUACUUGCAAGGCUAUGGGCUGGGCCACUGCCUGCAGUCAAAGGAUGGGGCUGGGGAGGGCCCCAGCAUCUACAGCUCCCCCCCAGCCAGCAUGCUGCUGCGGGAAGGGGAGAGCCUCCACAGGCGCUACACAGACCACGCCAAGCGCAUCGACACCAUCUCCCGAGCAGUCUUCCCUUUCACCUUCCUGGUCUUCAAUAUCUUCUACUGGGUAAUCUACAAAGUGCUGCGCUCGGAGGACAUCCACUCGGUGCCCUGAGGCCUGGAAAAGCAUGACUGCCUCUCAGUCAGACCCCCCCCAGCGCACCUGCGCACCACAAGCUGAGUCAGAACCACAUUUCCCUCUGUCCCAGAGUAGCAGCACAGCCAGGCUGGGCCUUGGAGCCUGGACAUGUGGCAGCUCCCAUGUCCUUUCAGAUGCCAGGGCACCAAGUGGGGGGAUCAGCAACCCCAGGUCCCCACAAUCAGCUGGAGAGAGGGAACCCUCCUGCCUCCUGCACGAUGGGUUCCUGCUGGGGGAGCCCCAGGUACCCAGGGAUGUUGUGCUGCCAUGGCACAGGGGAGCCCCUGGUACUUUGGGAUGCUACACAGCUGGUGGCCAGGGAUCACCAGCUUCCAGCCAAACACCCUCCAUCUCUCCGCACCAUCCGUGUUAGGCUGCUGUUUCUCCAGGCUGCAUCACUGAGCUGUGGGCCACAAGCAGCCAGGCAAGAGGCUGCAGUCCUCCCUCCUCCCCUGGCCCAGAGCUCAAUUGCAGGAAACAGCAGGCAGCACCCAUGCCUGCGCCCAGACUCUGUGGGGUGCUGGCUAUGGCCCCAUAGCCCCCAGCUCAGCAACAGACAGGGCCCCUCCGGCCCCCAGACAGCUCCAACGCAUAGCAAAGCAGCGGGUCAGGGAUGCCUCCCUCCCUGCAGAGUCCAGAGCUGCACAUGAUGACCAUGGCUGCAGGCAGGACUGGCAGGGACACUGGGCAGCAGGGUCAGUUUCCUCCAAGGAAAUGCCAGCCCUGGGACAGGUAGCAGAUGAGCCCGGUCCUGCUGACAGUGAAGGGGUGCAGACAGACAUUGCAGCUGCAGAUGGGAGCUGCUUGGCACUGGGGAGCUGGCACUGCACUACCUGCAGAGUAGGGCCCACAGCUUGUCUUCCGAGGGAGAUUUUUUGGGAAGAAAGUAGUGGGGGCAGCUUGGCCAGUCCGUUUGGAGGAGUAGAGUGAGUGGGGGCAUCCCCAGAUUGCUGCAUUCCCAUGGCACCACUGUGCCAGCAGAGAGCCAGAGGUGAAAACCACCCUGUUCCCCAGCUUUCUCCCCACCCCAGCGCCCAGGCAUGGCAUCCCCCAGGCAGAUUCACCCCUGCUGCUCCUCCACUGCAGAGGAGAGCAUCUGAAACCUCGACAGAACAAGCUCAGCAAGGCUGCCAGCUCUCAAGACCUGGAUAUCCUCUGUGCAUAGCAGGAAAUAAAAGCAGUAGGUGAUGUUUAUGUAGGUCCUACAGAGAGAAACGUGUUAAUGCUCUCCUUUCCCCCUGUUCACAGCCAGCCAUGGGGGGCUCGUAGCCCAGUGGGGUCCAUCCCCCCACAGCCUUGGGCACAGGAGAGGGCCCAGAGUCUUAAAGGCAGGGCAGGAUGGAAAUGGGAUUCACCUCUUUCCUUGGAGGCUGUGAUGCCACCAUGGCAUGGCAUGGCAAGAGCCCGUCAUGGCAAAAAGGAUCCUGCAGGGCAGGGGGACAUGGGUGGGAGGCCAGCACUGCCUGCUGAAGCCAGACCUAUGCAGAAACACAGGCCCAUCCCACUGCUGUGCACGCCUUUCCCACUGUGGGGCUCCUUGCAGGGCCCCACCAUGUAUCCAGGCCAGGCUUUCAAGACUUGUUGUUGGGGAGGCCCUGUUUGGAGGUGGAGGAAGGGGUGCACCUCAUCUCGCCUGGCACCCAGUCCCCCAAGGCAGUGCCGAACAGGGAGGCGCCAGUACCCGGGCAGCACCUGCAAGAGCUGGGCAGGCAAGCCAUCCUCUAGUAGCGGAGGGUUUUUAAACAGCAUCGGUCUUCCUAGGCAAAUAAAGCCU